GUUGCUGUAUUAGUUAAGGCUGAGAGCACUCAACAGUACAGAGGAAACCCUUUUCUUUAGCCCAUGAUGGGUUACAACAAGCUGUGUUUGUUGCUGCUGCUGCUGAGCAGCUACACACUGGCCCAGGAAGGCAGUGAUAAUAAGCCACAAACUUCAAUGUGUCUGUUGGCAUCUAGAUUCAAGACCUUCAAGAAAUAUAUGUACCAGUACACCACAGACAGCAGAAAUGGUGUGGUGGGCACUACUGACCUGAUGAACGGCCAUAAAGUCUCUUGUCAGGUAGAGAUCGAAGUCCCGCAGACAUGCAGAUUCAUCAUGCACACCAGGGACUGUGCUCUCAAUGAAGUGUCUGUCAUGGAUCCCCAGGGCCAGUCUGUCCACAGGCAUGCACCUGGCUCAAAGGCCUUCCAGGCUGCUAUGGAAAAGAACCCUCUGAAGUUUAUUGUGGAGGAAGUAGCCAGUGUUCAGCUGUACCCCGAGACAGACGAGCCAGUCAACAUACUUAACAUAAAGAGAGGAAUCAUUUCAGCUCUCAUUGUGCCAGUCAUGGAGGAUGAACAGAACAGCCUCAUGAGCACAGUGUAUGGCCAGUGUUUAACUGACUAUAUAGUGAAUGACGGGAAGGAUAUCGCCACAGAUGUGACACUGUCCAGAUAUCUGUCCCAGUGCGACCGGUUCUACAGCAGAGAACUAGUCAACAGCCCCCUGGCCCUGUUGCAAAAGCUGGUGAGAUAUUAACCCCUGCAUCUGUAGUCUCUAAGUGGAUACUGUCUUUAAUAACAUUAUAUUGUGUA